CGACGCUGACGCUUGAAGGCGAUACUUCCUGCCCGGUUUGCCGGGAGUCUUCGGCGGCUGUGUGUGCUGUGGUUGUUGCUGGUUUCUUGGAGGGUGGCCGAGCAUGGAGCGCCCGGGGCCCAGCGAUGGCUCAGACGCAUCGGGACCAGACCCGCAGCUGGCGGUCACCAUGGGCUUCACGGGGUUCGGUAAAAAAGCUCGCACAUUUGAUUUGGAAGCAAUGUUUGAACAAACUCGAAGAACAGCAGUGGAAAGAAGUCGGAAAACACUGGAAGCAAGAGAAAGAGAGGAAGAGAUGAACAGAGAGAAAGAAUUAAGAAGGCAAAAUGAAGAUCUUGAACCGACAUCUUCAGGCUCAAGUGUGGCCAGAGCUUGCUCUAAAUCAUCUUCCAGGGAUACAAGUAGCAGUGAAAGUGAUGAGAGUUCUGACUCUUCUGAUGAUGAGUUAAUUGGCCCCCCUUUACCCCUUAAAAUGGUGGAAGAACCAGUUAAUCCUAUGGAAACCGUUCUCAGUCCUCUGCCUCCACCUCUUGCAGAAGAUAUGGAAGAAGAAGAUGAUGAUGAUGGUGAUUCAGAAGAGGAGGAAAAUCCUGUCCGAAAGAUCCCUGACUCCCAUGAAAUAACACUAAAGCAUGGCACUAAGACAGUUUCUGCUUUGGGUCUGGAUCCCUCAGGUGCCCGUUUGGUGACUGGAGGAUAUGACUAUGAUGUUAAAUUUUGGGAUUUUGCUGGAAUGGACGCUUCUUUUAAGGCAUUUCGAUCCCUUCAGCCCUGUGAAUGCCAUCAGAUCAAGUCAUUACAGUACAGUAACACGGGAGACAUGAUACUUGUUGUAUCUGGAAGUUCUCAGGCCAAAGUGAUUGACAGAGAUGGUUUUGAAGUAAUGGAAUGUAUAAAAGGAGACCAGUAUAUUGUGGAUAUGGCCAAUACCAAGGGUCACACAGCAAUGCUUCAUACUGGAUCAUGGCAUCCCAAAAUAAAGGGAGAGUUUAUGACUUGCUCAAAUGAUGCGACUGUGAGGACCUGGGAAGUUGAAAAUCCGAAGAAGCAAAAAAGUGUGUUUAAACCGCGGACGAUGCAGGGUAAAAAAGUAAUUCCUACCACGUGCACAUAUAGUAGAGAUGGAAACCUCAUAGCAGCUGCUUGCCAGAAUGGAAGCAUACAGAUCUGGGACCGAAAUAUGACAGUUCAUCCGAAGUUCCACUAUAAACAAGCUCAUGACCCAGGCACAGAUACUUCUUGCGUGACUUUUUCCUAUGAUGGUACUGUCCUUGCUUCUCGUGGAGGUGAUGAUACAUUAAAAUUAUGGGACAUCCGACAGUUUAAUAAGCCACUCUUUUCUGCCUCGGGUCUUCCCACAAUGUUCCCAAUGACUGACUGCUGUUUCAGUCCGGAUGAUAAACUCGUGGUCACUGGGACAUCUGUCCAAAGAGGAUGUGGCAGCGGCAAGCUUGUCUUCUUCGAGCGCAGGACUUUCCAAAGGGUGUAUGAAAUAGACAUCACAGAUGCGAGCGUUGUCCGCUGCCUGUGGCACCCAAAGCUGAACCAGAUCAUGGUGGGGACUGGAAAUGGGUUGGCUAAAGUCUACUAUGACCCCAACAAGAGUCAGAGGGGAGCGAAAUUAUGUGUAGUUAAAACCCAGCGGAAGGCGAAGCAAGCGGAGACUCUAACCCAGGACUACAUCAUCACCCCUCAUGCCUUGCCUAUGUUCCGCGAACCUCGCCAACGGAGUACGAGGAAACAGCUGGAGAAGGACAGACUGGAUCCCCUGAAGUCUCACAAACCCGAGCCUCCUGUCGCAGGCCCAGGUCGUGGUGGCCGGGUUGGAACUCAUGGAGGCACUCUGUCUUCAUACAUCGUGAAGAACAUUGCUCUGGACAAAACUGAUGACAGCAAUCCCCGGGAAGCCAUUUUGCGGCAUGCCAAGGCAGCCGAGGACAACCCAUACUGGGUUUCUCCAGCAUACUCCAAGACUCAGCCCAAAACCAUGUUUGCCCAAGUUGAAUCUGAUGAUGAGGAAACAAAGAAUGAGCCAGAAUGGAAAAAACGUAAAAUUUGAAGAAUCUCCUAUGAGAGCUGUUUGCAUGAGGGGGAGGGAUAUUGAACAGGUUUGUUUUUUUUUAAUGAAAUAAAAACACAUUUUUAUGAA